UCAUCCUUAUUUAGUAAUUUUCAAAUGAAUUAUUUGUUUUCCCAAUGCUGCAACUGCGUUCCGUUCCCUUUAAAUAUCACAUAUAAUGCAUAUAGACAUAUAUAUGUAGAAAGAGAGAGGAGAAAGAUUGUCAUUCCCCCUUCUAUAUCUCUCGCCUUCUCUCUCUCUCUCUCUCUCGAUAUUUUUUGCCUCCGAUUUUCUCUACCGAAACGUUUCCCUAUCUGAUAGUGUUGGACUCGUUGAACUCUCCGUCAGUUAAGUUUCAUGUCUGAUUUUGAAGUCCAAAUCCCUGGCUCCUUUGAUCCUUUUGCCGAGGCAAAAGCCGAGAACUCGGGUGCAGGGUCAAAAGAAUAUGUGCAUAUUCGCGUCCAGCAACGCAAUGGUAGGAAAAGCCUGACAACUGUCCAGGGUUUGAAGAAGGAGUUCAGCUAUAACAAAAUUCUCAAGGACCUGAAGAAGGAGUUUUGCUGCAAUGGUACAGUAGUACAGGACCCUGAGCUAGGCCAGGUCAGUAUUCUCUAUCACAUUUGCUUCUGCUUUUAUUCUUUCUGUUUUUAUCCUGUAAUGUGUGGUGCGUUACAGGUUAUACAACUCCAAGGCGACCAGAGGAAGAAUGUCUCGACGUUCCUUGUUCAGGUAUCUCUUUAUAUAUUUGUUUCUCAAAAUAACACUUCUUAUAAUGUGUGAAGAUAUAUAUGUUUCUCCAUGUUUAUCUCAGGCAGGCAUUGUGAAGAAAGAACACAUCAAGAUUCAUGGUUUCUGAAAAAUUGCAGCAGCAGCAGCAGCCACCGCCGAAACUGAACUCCCUAUGUUUGCUGCUGCGUAGCCUGCUUUAACGAACAGCCUCGACGACGCUUUGUCUAAUCAUAAACUGAUAGCUCUUCUGUUUUUUCCUUUUGUGUGUUUGUGUGUGUCUGGAUGUUGUAUAUUGCCACUCUGCUAUUGUAUAGAGAGGUUACUGUGCUCUCCAUGCAAUUUCUGCAGGCUCAGGACAUGCUACCACUCUUUAUCUUCUUCAUAUAGCAAGAUUAUGGUUUCACCCUU